AUGCCCCAAGCGGAGAAGGGUUCGCUCAAGGACUUGGGCAAACGGAUCAAGGCCAAGGGCCUCCAAAAACUCAAAUUCUAUUGCCAAAUGUGCGAAAAGCAGUGUCGGGAUGCGAACGGUUUCAAAUGCCACCUCACGUCGGAAUCGCAUCUCCGCCAAAUGCAGAUCUUCAGCGCCAACGCCGCGGGAAUUAUGGACCAGUACAGUCGGGAGUUUUGUAAACUCUACGUCGACACCUUGCGCAUGCGGCACACCACCAACCGCACCAACGCCAACCAAGUCUACCAGCAAGUCAUUCACGACAAACAACACGUACACAUGAACGCGACCGUCUGGGCUACACUCACCGACUUUGUGCAGUAUUUGGGACGGACUGGACAGUGCGUGGUGGAGGACACGGAACGGGGUUGGUACGUGACGUACAUC